AUGAGUAAGUUUUUGUGUUGUUGCAGAUUUGAACCAAUCAUUGGCAUUGAAUAUCCGGUUCAACGAAAAUUUGGUGAACGGACUUGCGUAAACCUACUCGGUUUCCUAUUGAUCAAGAAAGGCGGCUUGAAUAAAGAGCGCGUCACACUCUUUCUCGUGAUGUCAUCUGUUCUAAAGGGCAAGAUUUUGAAACCAUUUCUUAAGUUUACGAAAAACCUUUCUUCAAAUAAACUUCAUAUGAGUUUAUUAAGAGGUGUUUUGGAGCUGGAAACACUAGAAUUAGAAGAAAAUGCUUUAAUGGAGCUUCUUGAUCUUCCAACUUGGUUACUUUUACGUAAAGCACAUUGUACAAAUGUUGUAGCUAAAAUACACUGGACAAAGUUAAAAACUCAUCCUGUUCUCAUUAGUAUCGAUCAUGUAAAUAUUGAGUUACAAGCGCUCGAUGAACCACGUCAAGCUUCACAGUCGCCUAUAGCUAAUUAUAGAGGUGGAUCUGGCAAAUAUGGGUUCAGUGAUAAAGUAAUUGAUGGAGUUACUAUUCAAGUGAACUCAGUGUUUAUUGAGUUCUUCGCUCAAGCCUUUCAGGGCUCAGUUGAAUUGUCCAGGUUUUGUGUGCUGAGUAAAUCACCGAACUGGCAAAAUUGUUUGUUAAAUUUAAGCACUCUGACACUGCCACAAUAUGAUUCCAUAUUGAUAUUCAAGGAAGUCUCUUGGGAAUCGGCACGUAUUGUGGCCGAUGGUCUACUAACCGAACUACAUGGUACACCAGUUAAACUUAUAACAAAUCAAUCUCGUGUGCGUUUAACAAUGAAAAAGCGGUUAUCUGAUGGGUCACUGAUCAGUUCACGUAUUCGUCUUAUACUAGACGAUAUACUUUGGGUAUUCACAUUAUCUCAAGUUGAAGCAGCCAUUGUAUUUGCACGUUCUUUAGAACAUUCAAUACGUUUAGCCAAUGAACAGAAUAAACGAUUCGCAGCAGAGAAAGCCAAGCGACAAACCGUCACUUUGGUUUCAUCAUCAGAAACUCAGUCUUUGGUGAAUAAUAGUUGCAAUAACAAUAAUAAUGAUAGUAAUUCCAACUAUACUACUAAUAGUAAUAUUUACCCCACGGUAGUUGUACGAAAUACCAAAUGUACAGGGGAUUAUGCAAAUGCUGUGAAUAUGUUUCAUCAAUAUGAUGUUUUGGAAACAUCCUAUCAUUUGAUUGUUAGUCGGACAGAAUUGCACUUUUGUGAUGAAACUAAAGAAAAAAUUCGACUCAAUCCAAACAUUGUGCCGAAUGGAUCGAUGCGAGUUAAUUUAACCACAUUAUCUGUAGAUUGGUAUCCAUAUCAUUUAGAAUUUUCACCAGAAUUACCUUGGCCUGGUUGUCGAGAAUUCUACAAUGCACGUGAUAAUUGGUUAAGAGGUAUUAAUCCUAUUCAUUUUACCUAUGGUGGUCGUAGAGUAUUCCGUACAAAUUCUCCAACUGUUUCUACUAAUAAUCAAUUUGUUAUAUUGGAUUGUGGUUUAUUGCAGACAGUGAAUACAUCAAUUUUACAAAGUGUUGGUAUUCUACGAUUAGUUGAUAUCACUGUAUCAUGUGUAUCUUAUCCGAAUUCUGUGUUGAAACCGGGCGAUCCAUCUACAUUGUUUUCAAAAUCUCCACAAAUCAAUAAAACAUUUCGCGAUAAUAACAAUAAUGCACGUAUAAAAGCAGAAAUUCCAAUUGAUAAGAAUAUUUUCAUUGGAUCAGAUAAAUUGUUACAUAAUCUACCUGAUACAUCAUCAUUUCUUACCAUUGAAUUUAAAAAUCAUUAUUGUGUAGAUGAUACACUAAGCUCAAGUGCAUCAAAUCAAUCUUUACCGUGUUCAUUGUUUUGUCAAAUCAAUCCAUUUUAUAUAAAUUUCGAUCCAGAUACUGUUAUAUGGUUGAAUAUAUUUCUAUUGGCACUACAGUUAAACUUGUCAACUUUCUUAUCCGGCAGAGAUAAGAACAAUCCGUCGAAACAACCAAACAGACUAUUUGAUUUAAAUCGAUAUCAUGUACGACUGGAAGCUUUGAUGCCUCGUUUGAUAUUCUCACUAUUUCGACAGUCCAAUAGUCAUACGGAUUCAUCCAAUCGGAUUGGACCACACGCUCUUAUUUUACAAUCAGAUCAAAUUAUCGUACAGUCACUAGCAGCUCCUAUAUCAUCACAUGUCGCUGAUUGUUUGAAAAAGCUGUUAGACAAUUUGCAAUUGAGUUAUGGUCAAUAUGAUACCAGUUGUAUGAGUAAUAAUCCAUUCAUUUCUCAAGCUGUUCCACAUAAAUCACCGGAUUUGUCAAAAUUCCAAAAACUAGUUCAGUCAGCUACAGAAUUGCAUAGUUUAUGUCCCAAUUUCGAAGAACAAUUUUGGUGCAUCCAUUGUCCAAAUGUAUGGAGUGAAUUUCUUACAAUAAUCGAUAUGACGACGUAUAAUUCUGUCCAUCUUGUUAACAACAAUCAUCGAAUCAAUGAUUGUAUAAUAUACCGUCAAUCAUUAAUUGAAUCUCUUCCUUUGACUAUAUGGUCAUUAAUGCCAAUUAAUAUAUCGGUGUCUUCAAUAGUUAUCAAUAACAAUCAACCAUUCAAUCAUUCUCCAAUAUCGUUAAUAAUUGAUAUUGAUAAUAAAUUAAUCCCUAUGGAUUCAAAAUCAUCAUCCUCACACAUGCUAAGUCAAUCAGUAGAUCAAUAUCCAAUCAAAAUCUCUUUAGGUUCUACAGAUCAAUUAUACACUAAUCGUAUUAUAUUAUCACGCCUUAUCAAAUUUUCUACCAAGAACAGUGAAAAACUGAGAAUUCCUGACACAUUAGAUCAAAUCAUAUUCUUGUAUUAUAUAUAUCAGCAAAUUUCUUAUGUACAAACACGUUUGUACUUAGACUAUCAAGAAUUUACACAAAUCACCGAAAGUCGAUCCACAUUAUCAAUCAGUCCACAAUCAAAUCAUAAUUACCAUAAAUUGUUAUAUUGUGUAGGUUUUUCCACACUACGAUCAAUUGAGCUGAACGUAAAUGUUUGUCAAGAAAAUGAAAUUCGUAUGAAACAAGUAUCGUCUCCUAGUUUCACAGAGAAUAAUAUUGACACUAGUCUACCGAAUACUCCAAAUGUAUCUGCUACAAGUGUCAAUUUUUUUCCGAAUAAAUCUUUAUCAACUACUUUAUCGUCAUCGUCAUCAUCACCAUCAUCUUUAACAAAAUUCUCACAUAUUCGUACUCCACUUUCUGCUGCCACAGUGCUACCGUUAUCAUCGCAGACAUCGCUUCGCCAUCAUCAUUCCAUGUUUACACCCUCGUGGGAUUCGUUAUCAUUAAAAACCGAAGGUUCUGUGUUAGACAGUAGUAAAUUGAAUAGAACUAAUCUUCGGAGAUCGAUGCAUGGGCGUAUUAAUUCCUCAGGUGAUAGACCACAAUCUAUAUUACAAAAUGAUUGUGGUUGUGGUAUUGGAGUUACUGAUAUCAUUACUAAUAACAGUAAUAGAUGUACGAAUAAGUUAGCAAAUUCCGAUUUACCAUCACCCAAAAUGUUUUUAAUGAAACGUAAAACUCACUCAACAGUUACGUUUGUCAAUAAAAAAAGUGAAUGUAAUGCGGUUGACCGAAACAAACAGUCACAAAACAAACCUCUCUCUGAACAAGAUCUUUUUAUGAUUAAUCCUGUUGCGGAUGGAGUUUGGGCAAACAAUUCAUCUACAAAUAAUUUAAGUCAACAGUUUUCUAUUUCCAGUGAUUUAUCUGAUCUACAUAGUAUAUCCAGUUCGAUGGAUGAUUGGACUAAGCCAUAUGAAUUUUUAUCUAAUUUGAAUUCAUCGUGUACAUAUCAAACUGACGAUAUGUUAUGGCCAUCUCUUAAUCAUCAGCAUCUGAUCAACUCUUCAUCGUUUUUAUUAAGUCCAGAUGAGAUUGGUUCAGAAUUGUUAGACGUAGAUGUCUUUGCACCAUAUACAUUGAACACUCCCGCUACUACUACUACUACUACUACUACUACUACUACUACUACUACUACUACUACUACUACUACUACUACUACUGCUACUGGUCUAACAGCAGCAAUGGAAAAGUUUCAAGAGCCAAAAUCAGAGGAAAAUUUUACUGAUCAUGACAGAUUUCGUCAAUGGAAAAAGUCAAAUAUAUCGAGUGUAAUUAUACAGUUGGCUGGAUUUUCAUUUGAAGCGGAUGCUAUGAAUUUAGAAACACGUUUUUGGAUUGUAUUUAAAUCACUUCAAUUAUUUAUGAAACCAGAAGAAUCAUUUCAUUGUCCCAUCGCUUCAUCUCGUGCUGAACCUGACCAAAGACAACAUAAUGAAUUUGUACAAUCUGAUUAUUUAUGGUCAAUUUUCCUAAGUUUUGGUGGUGAUCCAACGGGUAGACUAACAAAACUAAAGCCUACAACUAGUGAUAUUUAUCCAUGGUUAUAUGCCAAUGCUACUUUAUUAAAAAAUUGGAGACUCAUUAUCCCAUCAAAUAUUCAACAAUUAUUUAUUCACGUAUGGCAUCAGAUUGGCGGCCAUAAAAACAUAAAUCCAUUAAAUUCUUCUCUGUGUAGUAGCAUACAUGGAGUUAGCGUGGAUAAUAAUACUAAUAAUAACGAUUCAAUUAAUUCACCUCCAAGAUGUUCAAUUCGUUUAUUGUUAAAACAGGGAAAUUUAUCACUGAAACUGGAAUCAGGUGACAAUGAAAAUCCAGAACGAUUAAAACUCUUCAGACAGUUGUUUCUGCAACAAGGAUUGGUUAUUGAACUAACAGAAUACGGUGUAUUUCGAAUUGCAUUUGACAAAUUCACGGUGAAUAUGGAACAAAUUAAUAAUAUGGAAUGUGUAAAUCAUUGUCGUAACCGUGCAAGGAGUAUUGAUAAUGAAUUAUUAUCCUCCUACUCUCCAGUAAACACACCCAGUGCUUUUCAUAAUAUCCUAAUCAAUCGAUAUGCAUUCGAGAAUAAAAUAUUGAAAGAUAAGAUUGAGGCCUUGACAAAUGAGUUAAUGAAACUAAGAUCAAUGCAUAAUGCUUAA